UUGCGAUUCCAAACGUUCUGGCCAAUGAUCGCGAGAGGGUUUGGAGACUUCCUGGCUUUUAAAUAUGACUGUCGACUCGGGAAGAAAUUGCACCGCAAAUCAGCGGUUCAUUCUAUGGAGGCAUCAGUAUCCAGAACUUUUUCUAUUUUCGACAGUAUCCCGCCUUUUGCGUGAAACUUCAGCCAGCCGUGACGGUGACUGCACAGCGAUCGCAGGACAGGAUGACCCGAACUUUAUGUGCAUCCUGCAUUUUUCUGUUACUGUGGUGUUUCCUGCUAUGUACCAGUGAGGGAGCCGGGAAGAAGAGGAAUCGCAUCUCCCAAGGGGCUAUCCCUUCACCAGACAAAGGGCAGCCAAACAAUUCGGAGCAGGCGGGUAAUCGGAGCAACGUGGAUGAGGUCUUGGAGUCGAGUCAUGAGGCACUCCACGUCACUGAGAGGAAGUACCUGAAACGGGACUGGUGUAAAACACAGCCUCUCAAGCAAACCAUCCAUGAGGAAGGCUGCAACAGUCGCACUAUCAUCAAUAGGUUCUGCUAUGGCCAGUGUAAUUCUUUUUACAUACCAAGGCAUGUUCGCAAGGAGGAGGGCUCGUUCCAGUCCUGCUCCUUCUGUAAGCCAAAAAGAUUCACCACCAUGACAGUCACCCUCAAUUGCCCUGACCUACAGCCACCAAUUAAGAAGAAAAGAAUCCAGAGAGUUAAACAGUGUCGCUGCAUUUCCAUUGAUCUCAACUAAAGCAACAAGAACACCACUAUCACAACUCAAUGACCUGCAACAUAAUAUACCACAGUCAUAACUCUGGGACAUAUACAUUUAAACAUGUUUGUAUCCUCAAUUACCUUUAUUUGUUCAAGGACUUGGAUUCCGAUCCAAACCCCAAGUAGAUAAUUUCCACUGUGUGGAAUGUGAAUAGUCAGAGAGAAGGAUAUGAAUAUUUAAAUAAUUAUUUCAAAGCUCUUGUUCAGAAUGUUAUGGGUAUUUCAUAAUUAAUUUCAGUUUCAGUGUGUGAGAUUGUAUUCAACAUAUGUUGCCCAUAAUACUACAUUGUUGGCCAAAAGGGAGGUCAUUCUGCAUUCAUAAAAUUUACUGAAUACUAAUUAAAAUCAGGAUGCAUAAUCCAUCUUGACAAAGUUGACUUGAAAAUGGAUUUGAACUAAUAAAAAAAUCUAGUACAGGUAGUCUGUUUUGGAAUUUGCUACCCAUUCUCAGAAAUGCUUUCAGUGAUUGGCCUGGAAGUGUGAGAGGACAUGUAGAUGAGGCAUCUUGGCCAGCAUGGGCAAGUAGGGGUGAAGGGCCUGUUUCCAUGCUGUACGACUCUAUGAUAGGAAUAAAAAACAAACAUCCAAGAAAAGAACGUGUGCUUCCGUACACCUAUCUUUUGAAUGUUUUGACUGGCAGGAAACAGCAGCAAUGUAGAGUGCCUCUGUAAUCAAACAUUGGAUGUGGACAAAAGCUUUCAAACUUCUCAAUAAAUGUACAGAAUAACUAGGAAACCAUUUAAAUAUAUUAAGUAUCCAACUUAAUAUGUUGCAAAAAAUAGCUGUUUCUAAUAAAUAAACAUUUUCAAUCGCAUAUUGCAAAAAGAGAACUUGUCCAUUAUCUAUGUGAAGAGCAAAAUUAUGGGAACAAUGAAUAGCUUCACUGCCUGGGUGAUCUGGCAGGGCUGAUCAUAGAUCCUUAAUACCAAUCAGCUGAUUUUUAUUUUGCUGUGAUUUCUGGAAAGAAAAUCACAACAGCUUAUAUAAAAGCAGAACUAUUGCUAACCACUGCACAUUACGACACGAGGUAAACGCUCAAAAUGUCAUUCAUUAGUCAUUAUAAUUAAAUGUAUUCUCCCCAUGGCUGUGUUUUUUUCACAUGCUUAAAAUAUCUUGUUAUGCAUUGCAAACAAAUAUGAAAAAUAGUAACAAUGACGAAAGUUGUAAAAAGCAACAGUAUUUUGGCUUUUAAUUUAAUGCCUUUAGUAUAUGUAUGUAUUAUACUUGCUGUUUUUUACUGUAAUAUAUAUAUAUAUAUAUUGUAUGUAAUUUCUGUUACUGCUGUUAAGUAUUAGAUUGUUGGGUUGAACAGAAAGCACUGUGAUGGAGCAUCAUUGCACAGUGAACAUAAAAUGGUGAAAUAUAGGUUACCGUAUCUAAUGUUCUGUCGCCAAGCAUCUCAUUUUGACCAAAUUUACCAUUGAUCAAGAACUGGGAAUUAGAAACCAGAAGCUUUCCUUCAAUGUGAAUGAGAAUCAGCUUUGGGCUUUCCUCAUGUUGAAAAAAGCAUAUUUAGAAGCAGCUCACAUUUUGUCAAAGGUAGUACAUGGGCUAGAGCGUACAGGGAAAGAUUUGAGAACAAUAGGUCAGCAAUUUACAAAGAUAAUAGAAAAUGAACAGGUACUAAUCACAUGGGUGCUUGUUUUGUUAAUGACACAAUGAUUUUCAUUUUGGAAGAAAGAUAUGAAAUCAUCCAUAAUUAAUUCUAAAACAUGAGUUAUUUAUAUCAGAAUGAUGGACUUUACUUAUUUUAAUAGCUAUUCAGAAUAAUGCAAUAACAUUUCUGAUCUCAACAUUUUAUCAAAAAUAUUGGCAUCAAAGAUUCAAAGUAAUACUAGUUGAAUUUAAUGAACUGAAUUGAAUCUAAAUUUGAUGCGUUUGAAAACAUCCCUUUAAAUUUCAGCAGUAAGAUUUGUUGAGGUGUGAAAAGGAAAUAAAUCCUGUUCAUUUUUUCCCUGCUUUCUCGAGUAGUAUCAAAUUAUGGAAAUAAUUGGGAUGAAAGGAACACCUGCAUUGUUAUUCUAUUGCAUGGUUCUACAAUUCUUGCACAUCAGCAGCAUUACACACUGAAUGAAAACACAAUUACGGAUAAAUGAUCCUCGUGCUCUCCCGUAUAGUAUAAGCAUGACGAUUCUGCUUGGUAUAGCCAGGCAUCAUUAGUAGCAAUUAAUUAGUUUGAGUCAAUAAUAUUAAAAAUGAGCACUGAAUGUAUUUAUGCUUACUUGUACAUUGUAAUAAUUGUACUCAUUUUACUGCAUGUACUGCAGAUUUCUUUUUUGUUGGACUAUCUUCACUGCCUCAUCCUGAUAUGGUCAGUAAAGAAAACCAAGAAGUCACAGAUAUUGUAAUUAAACAGAAUCAGAUUUCAUUCCAAGCAUUUUAUAUGGCAUGUUAACUGUUAGUACACAAAUAAAAACUACCUUCCUAAGUA